UCGAUCACAUGGUGUGCAGGUUGUGGUGUUGUGGAACCGAGAGAAGGUUAUUGUUUUGAACUCCUCUCAACCGGUUGAGCCCGAGUCGAGUGGUGUGUGCCUUAUGCAGGUCGUAAGAAGCCCCGUGAGGUUUUAUGUUGCAGCAACGGCAGCAGUGACCAGCUGGUGCACCGAUAACGAGGUACGACGGGCGCGCGCCUCCAGUGGUGUACGCAUUGUGUUUUGUGCUUGUGUAGUGGUGGUAGCUGGUGAAACCCCCGGUGGGUUCUGGCGCGAUUGAGUUGAGCCCUUCUGGUGCAGGCAAUCAGUGAUCCGGCAGCGUGCGGGGUUAACAGUUCCGAAACCCCGGUCCAGCGAAACAGUUUCCGCUUUUUUCAGUCUGACUCGCACUGCGGACGCAUCGUGUACUGUGUGUGGAUGGUUUUUAGCGACUGGUCGCGGCGGAUUUAUUGUGCACGCGUACUGAUAAGGAAGUGUUAUCGAUUAAAAAAAAAACAAACAAAACAAAAAACUAAACAAUUGUUAAGAAUAUGAUCUUGUUCGGAUUUACAAAAAAUAAACACAAACAAAUCGCAGCUCCUCGCUGAAUACGGUGGAAGAUAAUUGGAUGCGUGUUAGGAGAAAACACCAAACCAGCUAAUCGUUGGUAAACAGUGAAUGAAUUACAAAUUAACGAGUUACUACAAAUUGAAAGCAGAACAACCAGAACACAAUAACAACAAACCUCGCCUCGGCUGCUCUGCUAGUUUGAAGUGCUUAUCAGAUCGGUGUUAAUUGUUUGCCACACGACCACCGAUCCUGGCCUAACCCGUGGAAGGUUCGAAAAUCUGGAGCGAAAAUUGAUAGUGAAAACAACAAGCUUGGAUUGAACUGGAUGGAUGGAUUUGGAGACAAAGUGAUCUGAUUGACGCAAGAUUAGUGCGGUACUGAUAAAUGUGGUGAUAAUACGGUUAUAACGAGGAACACAAACAGCAGACUUUCGAGAGCAAUUGGAACCCAUCAAGCGGCAGUAGUCUCUGUUUGCGUGUGUAUGUGUGUGCGGCCAAGUGAUUGAAACGAUAGUAACGAGCUCUGAUUGUGUUCGAUCGACUGUGUUAAUUAAAUUUACUCUUUCGGAAGUGUUAACCGGAGAGCUAUGGAUAGCUGAUUGGAAGUGUGAAGAUUAAGCUUUGUUUGAAGAAAAGGAGGAAAUUCCUUCGGUACCAUUAGAAUUUCACAGUCGACUCCGGUCCGGACAAGGCAGACAUAUCUGGACGAGAAUAGCUGAUCGCGAGUAUUAUUCAAGAUGAAUCAACAGUGUAAAGUGUGCGGCGAACCGGCAGCUGGGUUUCACUUUGGAGCGUUCACCUGCGAAGGAUGCAAGUCCUUCUUCGGUCGCUCGUACAACAAUCUCUCAUCGAUCUCCGAGUGCAAGAACAACGGAGAAUGCAUCAUCAACAAGAAGAACCGCACGGCAUGCAAGGCCUGCCGGCUACGCAAGUGCCUUAUGGUCGGGAUGUCCAAGAGUGGCUCCCGGUACGGUCGUCGAUCCAAUUGGUUCAAGAUCCACUGUCUGCUGCAAGAACAGCAGCAAGCUGCCCAACAGCAGGCGGCCAAUCAUAAAACAGGAGCCCCUUCCAUUCACGGGAUGUUCGGACCACCUGGCGCUUACCCCCAUCCAAUGUACUCCCGACCUCCCUGCACCAAGGAAGAACUGAUGCUCCUCGGCUUGGAAGAAUACAGCAAACACCCAUCGGCGUCACCUUCGGUCAGCUCUCCCGAUAGCCACAAUUCGGAUAGCUCCAACGAAAUCAACGAUCGGCGAAAUGCCUUACUCCGUCAGGGAAAGCUACACGAAGUACCUACGAUCAACAAGGAACUGUUCCUACCGCUUCCGUUUGGAGGCCUCCCACUGAUGCCACCGCCAGGUUUCCUACCACCAUCCCAUCUGAUGUUCUCUGGCUUCCAUCCGGCCUUGUACCCACACCAUCAGGGUCUGCUGAAACCUGCUGACUCCCCGAUCCUCAGCAGUUCACCGCUUGCCAACAACAACAGCCGCUUCACACCAAAUCACAACACCAGCAGCUCCAACAGUAACACCACGCCCACUGAAACCAAAUCACCAGAAUCCUUCUCGAAACGGUUCUAUCUGGACGCGGUGCUCGAAUCGCAGCGGUGUCCCAGCAACGAAACUGCGGGAAGCGCCAAGGAAGAACCCGAACCCGAAGAGGUCGCUCCGGCACCGAUGACUCCUCCACGAUCACCUGCCGCCGUAGCAGGUCCUCACCAGGACAAUCCCAUCGAUCUGAGCAUGAAAACCGGAAGCAGUUGCUCCUCCGAAGACCACCGGACCUCAGUUUCCGGUGCCGACAGUGACGACGAACAGCUGGUCGUCGUUUCCAAUGAUCGUAACUCACCACCCACCAAAUACACCAACAAUAAUACCCUCUCGAACAACCACCACCACAAUCACCACCAUAGCCAUCACAAUAACCAUCACCACCACCACCAGCGGCAUCAGAGUUCCUCGUCGGCCCAUGGGAGUGGGAGCGACUCCGACAUGGAAGACCGAGAAACCGAGUACGAACGGGAGGUCAAACGGAUGAAGCUGCAGGGAACGACCCCGCUCGAUUUAACCACCAAGGUCUGAAAGACCAACAAACUCCUCCGUCGAGUCCUUCGAAGACCCACCAAAAUCGCACUGUACAGACUCCUCCCAAACGUCAAAUAAACCUGUAAAUAGUGGCUACCCAAAAAAGGAAGAAACAUAGAAAGAGAAAGAGAGAGAGAGUGCCUCAUGACAACCUAGUGCAAGGCCAGUUUGUGUGAUUGAAAUCGAAAAUAUAACAUGUGCCAGUAGCUUGUUUUACUUUAUUAUUUUUUGUAAAAACGAACCAUUAUUCUGUGACAUCUUGUGCGUAGUCUCGCACGGUAGAUCUAGAGUAAAUCGAUUGAUAAGGACAACGUGGUCAGUAGGAAACCGAAUUGGUUCCAACGCUUCCAAUCUGUAUGGAAGCUCGGAGGAAUUCGAAGAAAACCAAAUUUGUUUGUAUGUACCGAUAGGAGUUAAGGAACGCAGCCGGCAAGUGAUCGAUGGAAGGCUGGGGCAUGCUGAGGGGAUUAAAGUGGUAUAUUGUGGGAGUUUUUUUUCCUUGAAUCGAUAUUUUAAUAAAGCAUUUCUCAGAAGAAAAUUCAAACAGAAAGCCACAACAAAAUUUUGCUUAUGAAUGACAAAUUAUAAUCAAUAUUUCCCCGGUUUCCAUAUCCCAUACAGUAUCUCACUUAAUCCGAUGCAUGCUCGAAUCAAUCAUAGAUCUUGUAAUUUUAAAAACACACUACCCGUGUAAUAAACUCAAAUAUUUAUUCUCCUUCCUCCUUAGCAAAGUAAAUCACUCCUCAAGAUCAACUCCGAUCGUUUCCUUCUAUUCUUGCCAUGCGCUCAACCAUGUGGACCCACCGGGUCUUUCCUCAAAACUUGUUCAAACACUUGGAGUUAAAUGCUCUGAAUCACUCCUUUCGACACUUGAACCACCAGUCCUUUGCCCCGUCGGCCAAGAGUGCAAUCAUGUAUGUCAUCUCAAUGGACACUCUGUCUGUCUAUGUAUAUUUUAAACCCUGGAGCACUCCUACUCCUACCCUCAGUGGAUUGUCCGGCGUUCAGCGCUCUCUGCUACUGGAAUUCCCCGUGCACCGGGAUUCAAGUCGCAAUCAAAGUCAGUUCCCAUCCCAUCCAGUCAUCACUCUUUCGAGUCCUCACAGACUACAAAUUGAACACCGUCACUGAAAGGUGUGAAUCCCUAGUGCGAAUGGGUGAGAAACGCAUAAAAAUCUUGAUAUAUAUUACGAGCGUAAAUCCAGAAACCGCCCGAGGGCAUCCAUUUCAAUAAAUCUGCAUAGAGCAAGAGUCCGUCGCGGCGCGGCGGAGGACCCAGAGAGCGCCUUUCUUUUCACAUCAUAAACCUACACGUUUAUUCCCGCGCCGUUGCUACAACACUCUGAUUCCGAGCCAGAUCCAGUUCAUCUCAUAAGCCACCACCACUUCUCCACCUACCACCUCCCCACCCAGUCACCCUUCUAUUUCGCUGGGAAAAAUUUCACUCUUCGAAUCCAUUUACACACAAAUCGCACGUUCGAGGGACGACUUGGCCUUUGGACAAUGAUCACAAAUCAUCCCCACCUAUCUAUGGUACCCGGCGGACAAACUCAAAUCGGACUGCUAACGCCACUGCGAAAACGCAGCCCAGCACAAAACUCCUCUUACCCACCAACUCCUUAAUGGUCCAAUUUCUCAUCAUGUGAUGAAAAUAAAAUUAAGGCUGUAAACUUUCGGAGCAAAACAUUCACUCACUCACACUCUCUCACACACACACACCCGAUACACUCCUCUCAUUCUCAUGUAGUCACCAGAGAGCUCAAGCUUUGGUGGCCUAACUACCCGCGAAUGAUAGACAAGCAAUGGAAAAAAAAAGUUGUAAAAUUAAGGUUAGUUAGUCCAAUGUGUAGUUUAAUUUCGUUUUUAAGUGGAACCCAUAAAACACAGAAAUAAACAAACAUAGACACAAGCACACACACACACACCCCGUCCCUUCCUUUCUUGUUUGCAGAUAGAUAGAUAAAGUAAACAGAAGAAAAGUGGUUCAGUAUUUAUCCGAGACCAAUUUUUACACGCGCACACACACCUAUGCAGAAAAACACGUGAGAAUUCGCCUCGUAGACAACGAAAAUCGGUAAUGAAGUGAUCUUUUGGUGUGCAACGAAAUGUGGAAGUUCAGCAAACUUUGAACUUUUUGUUGUGAAGUAGUUGAUAGUUAGGGCAAAUGAGUAUAAUAUUGAAACAUAUCAAGACAAUAUUUUAUUUUAAAUGGAUGUUUUAGGUUUUAGCAUAGCAAUGGUUUGAAAAGCUAUUUAGGUAAAGAAAUUGUUGACUAUUGUAAAAAAGUGUUUAGCGUUUAAGAUACUUGAAAUUUUUGAAAAAAGUAUUUACCAUAUGUGAAAAAGUGAAACUCUUUAGAAAGACGAGAAUAAAUAUCCUGUGAAUGGAACUUAUUUAAUUCGAAA